AUGCUCGCAGCGCCAGCCAGAGAUGCGCUCUUCAAGUCCACAAAGGCUUUGUUUCGAUUUAGAGGCUGUCUCGUGGCCAAGCAGAACUCGCGGCGUUACAUCUCAGCUUCAUCGAGAACGCUAGCUCGUCCGACCACCACACCGCUUCCCCCUUCCCCUGAUGACCAGGCUCUCGUAGCGGUCUUUGACCAGCCAUCAUCCUCGACAUUCAAGAAACCUUUGUUCUCGACUCCGAGCGGUCUAUUUGGACACGGGGUGCUGGCUCACCCACGAGGAUUGAUCACUCUCGCAGAAGCCACUCUCGUGCGAGCACAAAUACUCACGAAUCGCAUCCUGCGAGCCAGGCAGUCUCGAGAUGAGCUGAUGAAGGUGGUUAAGAAUCUGGACCGGCUCAGCGACAUGCUUUGCAGCGUCAUAGAUCUUGCAGAACUGGUGCGAAAUGCACAUCCCGAUCAUGCUUGGGUUGAUGCGGCCAACGAAGCUUACGAAACAUUAUGCGAGUUCAUGAACGUAUUGAAUACUCAUGUUGGCCUCUAUGAAGUUCUGAAGGCGGUUCUGUCGGACCCGUCAAUAGUGAACUCACUGGGGCCCGAAGCUUAUAGUACGGCCCAAAUAUUCUGGAACGACUUUGAAAAGUCUGCCAUCAACCUCCCACCCGACCAACGGAAUCGCUUCGUUUCUCUCUCGUCAGAAAUUCUCGUCCUCGGUCGGGAGUUCUUGAGGGAGGCGAACUCUGCACGACCGCCAGCUGCAAUUAAACCCUCAGAACUCGAUGGUCUUAAAGACAAGGGGAUGGGAGUCAGGCUGCAGCUUCAGGCCCAGUUUACGCAGCGGGAUCUCAUGGUAUAUCCAGACUCGCUCCAGGCGCAGAUGAUCAUGCGUUCUGCGCCUGCCGAAGAGCCCCGACGAAAAUUAUACAUUGCCGCGAACUCGAGCACACCGCAGCAAAUAGAGCUGCUGGAACGUUUAUUGCGUGCUCGUGGCGAGCUUGCACAGCUCGUAGGCAAGGAGAGCUUCGCCCAUAUGACGCUGGGCGACAAAAUGGCCAAAUCACCUGAGAACGUUAAUUAUUUCCUUAAUGCUUUGAUGGAUUAUACGCGGCCCUACGCCCGUAGUGCUCUCCGUACAUUAAGCCAGCGGAAGCAAGCACACCUUCAUACCCCGCCCUUCCCCGUCAUACAAGCAUGGGACAGGGACUUCUACUGCCCGCCCGAACCCCCGGCUCCGCCUAUACACCUCCCCCCGCUAACCCUCGGCACGGUAUUUGCUGGUCUCUCGCGUCUCUUUCGGCACCUGUACGGUAUAUCUUUCCGACCGGCCGAUUCAGCCUAUGGAGAGACUUGGCAUUCCGAUGUCCAUAAACUCGAAGUUGUAGACGAGGAAUCUGGCGUCAUAGGAUGGGUUUAUGCUGACUUGUUCGCGAGGAGAGGGAAGGCUGGUGGAGCAGCUCAUUACACUGUUCGAUGUUCAAGAAGGACUGAUGAUGACGAUGAAAUGGGGGACGGUACAUAUGAAGUUGCUGAACCGCACCUCAAAGUUUCCAGGGAAUUCGAGGCUGCGAAAAGGCAUCGAGUACGCGGUAAGGACGGCGUUUAUCAACUACCGCUUGUUGUGCUGUUGUGUGGGUUUGCGCGGCCAUCAACUUCUAGUGGACCUACCGUACUGGAAUGGCAUGAUGUCCUGACGCUCUUCCAUGAGAUGGGCCAUGCUAUGCACUCCAUGAUUGGGCGUACCGAAUACCAGAACGUCUCCGGGACUCGUUGUGCUACUGACUUCGUCGAACUUCCUUCGAUAUUAAUGGAACACUUCCUUAACUCACCAACAGUCCUUUCUCUCUUCGACAUGUCCCCCUCGACCUCCCCUUCCUCCACGCUCCAGCAAGCCGGCAACCACCAUCAAGACCCCUGCCACGCCAUCGACACGUACUCCCAAAUCCUCCUCGCCUCCCUCGACCAAAUCUACCACUCUCCAACCGUCCUCUCCCCCUCAUUCCAAUCAACAUCCGCCCUUGCCUCCUUGCACAACACCCAAGGUCUUAUCCCCUAUGUCCCGGACACAUCCUUCCAAACCCAAUUCGGUCACCUCUUUGGGUACGGUGCAACGUAUUAUUCGUAUUUAUUCGACAGAGCGAUCGCUUCGCGAGUAUGGCGUAAUGUGUUUGAACACGACCCGUUGAAUCGAGAGUUGGGGGAGAAGUAUAAGAACGAGGUGCUGAGGUUUGGUGGUGGAAAGGACCCGUGGAAGAUGGUAAGUGUGCUGCUGGAUUCUCCCCAGUUAGAGACGGGCGACGCAGAUGCGAUGAAGGAAGUUGGCCAGUGGCGCAUCGAGGACGAAGUUGGCUUACCUGGAAGACACUAG